AUGGCUGGGAUUGAUAUUAGUGACCAACUUAGCGCUCAGCUUAUGAAAGCCGCACAGAUUAUGGAGGAGCAGGUCGAUAAAGAGAUCAAUCGUCUUGACAAUAUGGAUGAAAAUGAGAUAGAUUUGAUUCGUCGUCGUCGUAUGGAAGAACUUAAGAGAAUGCAGAAAACUAAGGCGGAGAUGCUAUCGCUUGGUCACGGAAGGUACGACGAAGUAGCCGAUGAAAAGGAAUUCUUUGAAGCAACGAAGAAGAGCAAACAUGUUGUAUGCUUAUUCUAUCUGAACGGUAAUUUGAGGUGUAAAAUAGUUGACAAGCAUCUAAAUAUUCUUGCUACUAAACAUUUUGGAACUCGUUUUAUUCACGUCAAUGCUGAAAAGGUCUGUUUUCUUGUUACUCGUCUGAAUAUUCGUGUGAUUCCUACGAUCGCGAUAGUAAAGGAGCAAAAAACCAUCGAUUACAUUAGAGGUUUCGACGAUCUAGGAGGAGUCGAUAAUUUUAGCACUGAGGCUCUAGAGAAUCGUUUGGCACGUUCUGGUGUACUGAAAAUUGAGAAAUCGAACACCGAGCAGCAGCAGAAGAAAAUUGUCCAAUGCUCUAAGUUGGAUCAGGAAUGUAAUGACGAUUGGUAG